AUGGAGGUGAAAAACGCUAACGCUGCUAUGCUCAGCAACUAUGAGGUGUUCAGACUGCUUACUGACCUCAAGGAACAGAAGAAGGAUAGCGGCAAGAGCAAACACAGCGCCGGACAGCAGAAUCUCAACACCAUCAUGUAUGAGACGCUGAAGUACUUAUCUAAGACCCCGUGCAGUCGCCAGGGUCCCGAGAUGGUCCAAGCCUUUCUUUCCACCAUGAUGCAUCACAAACUCACAAAGGCUGAGAAGCUGCAGCUACUGAACCACAGACCGCAGACUGCAGUGGAGAUGCAGCUUAUGGUGGAAGAGAGCGAGGAGCGUUUCUCAGAGGAGCAGAUUGACGAGCUCAUCCAAACCAUCUCCCAACUUCUGCCCGGCGAUCCAGAGCAGGAAGUUACAGCGAACGCCGACGCGUAG